GUCACCAUUUGAGGAAGACGACGACUGCGCAGAGGUCGCGUUCCUUUGACACUUACACAUGCACGAUCUUCUGAAUGGAGCAGACUAAAGAAGAACCAUCCCAGGAAUGGCAUCGCAACUGAGGGAAAAUGAUUUUGGAAGACACAUGCUCAUUGUGCUUGUGUGCUGUGCUGUCUUCGCCAUAGGCGUCUUGCUUAUACUAAAGUUCUCGCAGCAAAGAGGGACAUUCAAGGAUAUACUCGCAAACCGAGGCACCACUUUCGUUGUCACUACCAGCACUGGGGACGUCCUGGGUGUCCCAUUGGAUGUCUACAAUGUCACUGUUCGCGCUUUCUAUGGCAUCCCGUAUGCUCUACCUCCCCGCAAUGGACGUCGUUUCUCCCACCCGAUCGCUGCCUACCCCUGGAAGGGCGUCCACGACGGUACCGCCAUCAAUGCCCGUUGCCCACAACGAGCUCAAGAGUACUAUUUCGGCCGAUCCAGUAACGUGUCCAUCGACGAAGACUGCCUCUAUAUGAACUUGUACGCACCCAUGGUAUCACACAGUGGGUCAGCUAGUAGAGCGGUGGUGGUUGUCCUGCACGGCGGUGGUUUCUCCACGGGAUCCAAUGUGGACGACUUGUACGACGCGAGAUAUCUGGCCGCUUUGGGCGAGGUUGUCGUGGCUGUGCCCAACUUUCGGCUGAACGUAUUUGGAUUUUUACGAACUACACUACACGAAGCUCAAGGUAACCAGGGACUGUGGGACCAGUUACUAGCGAUCCAAUGGAUAUAUGUGAACGCUCGCGUGUUCGGUGGAAAGGAGGACACCCUCACCCUUCUUGGUGUGGAUAGCGGAGCCGUCGCAGCAGGACUGCACAUGCUGUCGCCGGUGAGCAGGCCGUACAUCAAGAGGGCGAUCAUGCAAGGUGGAAGUCCCUUCCUCGUCACCGAGCAGGUUCUUUAUGCAAGGAAAGCAGAAUUCGAAGCACUCGCUCGCGAUGUGUGCUUCAGCGGUUCUCACGGAGUCCAACAAUCCGAAGAGGAGCUGCUCGGCUGCCUCAAAAACGCGUCAUCCUGGGAGAUAUUGUCCAACUUAGAUGAUUUUGAUGGCAUUCACGGUCGCGUAUUUGGCCCGUCCUACUAUGAUCUCGAUACGGAACUCUACAUUACAGCCAUAAACAAGAACAUCAACAAGGCAGAGAAGGAAAUCCUAAUGGACAAAGAUAUACUGAUUGGAUUUACAGCAAACGAAGGGGAAUACUUUCUGAGACAGUUUUUUAGUUCCUGGUCACUGCAGUCUGUGAACCGCUUCCCGAGGGCCUUCGUGACGGUAUUCCAAGAAAGGCUUGUAUUGCAAUACUACUCACAAAGAAGUCUCGGUUCCCUCUUUGAGUACUACUACGAUCGGAAGAAUGGUAUUUCAUAUCAAGACUCUUAUAUCCAAGCAUGCAGAUUCCUUGGCGACGUGCUGGUCAAAUGUCCCGUGAAGAUGAUGGCAGAUUACGUGUCUAGAAGUGGCGGAAAUGUGUUCGUUUACGAGUUUGACUACCAUUUGUCCCCCACCCUACUGAAUACCAACGUGCUGAACUUUAAGCAGUGGCUUGGAGCAACUCACUACGUGGACGUCCUCUUCAGCCUCGGAUACUUCUUUCGAUUGGCAUAUACCAGACCUGUUGACAAUGACACCCUCUCCAUGAGUCGACGCAUCAUCCAGAAGUGGGCUGUCUUUGCCGAAAGUGGAGUACCGGAUCGUCGUGAUGAUGUCAAGUGGCCGCAGUACAAUGUUGGGGAUAAGAAAAUGGCCGUCCUUCUUCUGAACAAACUACGCCAACGCAACAUGAGCGAACUUGACGACGCAUGCGGCCGUCUUCUGAAGAACGCAGAGUCGCGCACAAGGACAUCUCAUGACGGUUAAUUAAACAUCUCUU